AAUGGACCACGGAUUCAACAGCUUCGUCUUCGUCUUCUACCGCCAGGUAGCCGCGUCUGUCCUCAUGGUGCCCAUCGCAGUCCUUCUCGAGAGAUGUGAUUUGUUCAAUCUGUGGCAGGAGAAAUGCAAGAUCCAUGUCGUCCGUGUUGCUCUUCAAGAUCUUUGUGUGCGCCUUGAUCGGGAUCACAGUUAGUAGCAACCUGUACAACGUGAGCCUGAAGCUGACGUCGGCGACGGUGGUCGCAGCAUCGACCAACGCCAUACCCGUUAUCACUUUCUGCCUGGCGCUUCUAUUAAGUUGUUGGUGCACACGCAGGAUGGAGGAGGUGAAGCUGAGGAGCGCGUCAGGCAUGGCCAAGCUGACUGGUGUGGCGUUGUGUCUCGCCGGGGUCUUAGUCAUCGCCUUCUACGCCGGGGAGCUGCUGAGCGCCGUCAACCAUCACCAUGCCUUCGGUGCUCCUGCUCCCACCCAUGCUGCCUCUUCCACCGCAGCGGCGAAAACGAUGACGGGAGCCGCGUGGAUCAAGGGGACGUUCAUCACGGUGCUCGCUACCCUGGCGUGGUCCCUGUGGCUCGUCCUGCAGGCCGCCGUGCUCAAGGAGUUCCCGAACAGGAUGCUUGUGAUGGCGACGCAGUGCUUGUUCAGCGUGGUGCAAUCGUUCUUCGCCGCAGUGGUAGCUGAGAGGGACUUGUCGAUGUGGAAGCUCCGGCUAGACGUCGCCUUGCUCGCGGUCCUUUACUCGGGGUUUGUGGUGGCUGGAGUGAACUACUAUCUCCAAGCAUGGUGCAUGGAGAUGAGGGGCCCUGUCUUCCUCGCCGCUUGGACGCCACUCAGCUUUGCCCUAACAGUAUUCUGUUCCUCCUUCUUUCUGGGAGAGAUGGUUCAUCUCGGCAGCAUUGUUGGCGGAAUCCUGUUGUGUGGAGGCCUUUACAGUCUGCUAUGGGGUAAAAGCAGGGAAGCAAAGACCGUGCAGCGCAACAUAGAGGCCUCCACGGCCGAUGGCGAUGCUCAAGAUGAGGUUCACUGCUGGGAACUAGAAGGGGAGAAGGAAAAUGAAGGCAGGGAAGAGCGAGAGAAUGGAGACUUAAGAACAUGUGUUCAACAAGAUUGAGAUCAGUUGUCAGCUAAAUCAGGAAUUGUUCCUGUUUUUGUUAAUUUGUUUCAGUAUAUUUAUGUAUCAAAACAUCACGUGUUCCUUAGAAAACUAUUUUUUUAAAAUCUAAACUCGUAAAGAAAAAGUAUUGUAUGUAAAAUAUAGGUGAUCCGUGCUUUCUCUCUGAUUGCGAAUGUCUUUUUUCUGCAGAGUAAUAAAUUUCAUCUAUCAUUUUUUUUGAAACACAGGCAUAGGAGCGAGAAAAUGUGUGCGGUUGCAUGCCACUACGCCGCUCUCACAACUGUGGCCCACAGUGGCGGAUCCAGGAUUGAUUCAAGUGCGGGGCUACUAAGUUAAGGCUAUAAUUUUUUUUUAAACUAAACAAAAAAUAUAAUUGAUGUUUAAUAUGACACGAGAAUUAAAAUAUAAUUUAAAUAUUUAAGAAAUUUGUAGCCUAAAAAUAAGUUGAUACGAAUUAUAGAAAUACAAUAAUCAAUACGUACCGUUUAUGAGUUGAUACUGCGAGGUAAAUUUAUCUUCCGAGUUCUUAGGCCUUAAAAUGCUUCAAAAUUUGUCCUAAUUGUUUUAGAAUUAGAAGCAUCUUUUUCUGGUUCUUGAUGAUAAAUUUGUCCAUCUUAUUCCUAUAAUCAAAUCAAUUCAAAACUUCAAAUCAAGCAAUUAAGCAAACAAUAGCACACGCAGUCUGCACACGUCUGCACCUUCAUGGCGUAUGCAGUCUGCUCGGCUUCAUGGCUUGCUUGCUUGUCUGCAGUUCGCGCCCGCCCGGCCGUCCCUGCUCGCUGCUCACCUGGACUUGCUUGCUUUGUUUUGCUUUGCUUGUCUGGACUCUGCUUGCUUUGCUUCACGGUUCCAGGAGGCUUCACCUUCACUGCUUUGCUUCACGGUUUCACUGCUUGCUUGCUUUGCUUCACGGAUGGAGGCUAGCCGGCCAGGAGCCUAGGACCUGGAAGGAGCGCCCGCGGCGGUGCUCCGGCCUCCGGGCGCGACACGGCGCGAGGCGAGUGACGGCUACCGGCCAGGAGCCCAGGACCAGGAGGGAGCGCCCGCGGCGCCACGGGCCCACGGCGGUGCUCAGGCCUCCGGCCUACGGGCGUGAGACGGCGCGAGGCGAGUGGCGGCUGCCGGCUACAGGGAAGGCGUAGACGCGUAGUGGCAGGCUGGCGGCUGGACGACGACUGCGUGACCUGAUGGGCUGUGACCGCCUAUUUGCUGUAGCUGGGCCGCGACCGGGGCUGCAGCCUAGGCAGCCCCGGACGUAGAUCCGCCCCUGGUGGCCCAGAAGAACCAAUCCUAACUCAAAUUCCCUUCCAGAUUAAAGGAUACUUUGGAGGAAAUAAACAAAUUCCCCCUUAUCUCCUCUAAUUUCGAUUUCCUCUAAUUUUGAAGAGAAUUUGAGUUUCCUAGCCCUGAUUGGAAUCCAGAUAUAGAGAGGAAAAGAGAGAUAUAGGGUC